GGUACUUGUAGGCCAGAACUCCAGCUAACAAUCAAGACUGUGCUCUUUUCUUCUAGAAAAUUAUACUUAAAAAAAUUUGUCUCGACUCUUAUUCAAACACCAAGACCCAAAUUUAGAUUUCUCCACCUUCAAACCCCUUUUACUUUCCCUUCAACUCUGAAUGAUUGUUGUUACCUGUUUUUGAACUUCCAGAAUCAAAUAAUAGUCUUCCGAUUUGUGGGCAAAUUCAUCUUUUGUUUUUGAAUGUUCAUCCUUUGCAAGUUCAUAAAAAUCUUGUCUUUAUCCUUGUAUAGAUUCUCAUUAGGAAAUUUCUAGAUAAAACAUGAUCUAUAAAUUUACAUUCUUUGCUUGUCAUUUUUUUUUGAUUAGUUCAAGUUCUAAAACCCCCUGUUGAACGAUUGAGACUUUAUUUGGCUAUUAAUUCUGCUGUAAUUUAUAUUCAUAUUAUCAAAAUUUAGGAUUUGAAUACCCAUUUGUCAUAAGACUAUUUAAGUUCAAUUUCUAUGUAUAAUUGAUGAGCACAAUUGAGGGUAUGUUUCGUUAAUUGAGGAAAUUGGCACAUACAGAUUGCCAUAGUUCCAAGAAAUAGUUGAUCAGUAGUAUUGAUGAUGUAUUUUCAACAUUGAGCAAAUGUCACUUGCAUGUUGUUUGCCUAUAGUUGAAUGUGUAUAUUGUUUAGCUUGUGCUAGGUGGGUAUGGAAGCGGUGUAUAUACACCGCCGGCCAUGAGAGCGAGAAUUGGGGGCUUGCUACUGCUGAGGAAUUUCAGCCUGUAGCUAGACUUUGUCGAUAUAUUUUAGCUGUAUAUGAGGAUGAUCUUAGGAAUCCCAUUUGGGCGCCUCCCGGUGGGUAUAGAAUGAAUCCUGAUUGGGUAGUUUUACGAAAAGAUUAUGAUGAUACUGAGAGUAGGGUGACUCCUUAUAUAAUAUAUCUUGAUCAUGAAAAUGCUGAUGUGGUGUUGGUUGUAAGGGGAUUAACUAUGGGGAGAGAGAGCGAUCGAGCCAUUUUGUUGGACAAUAAAUUAGGGAAGACACCGUUUGAUGGUGGGUAUGUUCACAAUGGUCUAUUAAAGGCGGCUCAAUGGGUUUUCGAUACGGAGCAUGGGGUGUUGAGGGAUUUGCUUGAGGAACACCCUACUUUUACAUUGACUUUUGCUGGUCAUUCAUUGGGUGCUGGGGUAGUCUCUUUGUUGGCGCUUGUGGCGGUGUUAAAUAGGGAAAUGUUGGGGAAUAUUGAGAGAAAGAGGAUUAGAUGCUAUGCAAUGGCUCCUCCGAGGUGUAUGUCCUUGAAUCUGGCUGUCCGAUAUGCAGAUGUCGUGUAUUCUGUGGUGCUUCAGGAUGAUUUCUUACCGCGGACAACAGCUGAUUUAGAAGAUGUCUUGAAGUCACUAAUCUGUUUACCAUGCUUAUUGUGCUACAUGUGCUUGAAAGACACUUGUAUGGUGGAGGAGAAUAUGAUAACUGAUCCGAGGAGGCUGUAUGCACCUGGCCGUGUAUAUCACAUUGUGGAGAGAAAACCCUUUAGAUGUCAAAGAUUUCCUCCAGUUGUGAGAACAGCUGUUCCUGUCGAUGGAAGAUUUGAGCAUAUCAUCAUAUCCUGCAAUUCUAUUCAAGACCAUGGCAUCAUUUGGAUCGAAAGAGAAUCGCAAAUUGCUCUCGAUUUGAUGAUGGAGAAUGAACAUGUCAUGGAGAUUCCUCCAAAUCAAAGAAUGGAGCGGCAAGAGAAACUUGCACGAGAACAUAUACAAGAGUACAGAGAAGCCCUAGAGAGGGCUGUUGCCUUGGACGUUCCUCACUCGUAUCUACCUUCCCCAUACGGAACUUUUAAUGACCCCGAGUCAGGUGAAGGAUCAAAUAAAUCAAGUGCAGAAGGUUCGUUGUCGUCAUCCAAGACGAAGAGGGAGAGUUGGGGUGAUUUUGUUGGGCGACUUUUUCACACCGAUGAGUCUGGCCAUAUGUAGUAGGGAAUCUGUGCAAAUAGUGGACGGAUGUAGCAAGAUCGGAAAGCUCGGAUAUAUAAAAUCAAUGUUUUAACAUGUCAAGGACUGCGCGACUCGAGCGCGCUUUGUACGGAGAGGAAAGCGUGGCAUCAAGUGAUGAAGUGGGAACAACAUUCUGUACAAUUAGCAAAUAUUUUGGACCUUAAAAUGCAGAACCUUGCACCUUUGUGGGUGCAUCCAUGCUACAUCCUAUAUUGCGUACUGAAAUUCAAAUGACCAUACCAUGCUUGGUUAUCAAUUAUGGGCAUGUAAUAUAUUUUUUAAACUCCAAUUGAAAUCUUAUAAAGAAGUUUUGAGUCUCAGAGAUAUGUCUAUUUUAGUGGGAGUCUUUGUUUUCCCUUUUUGAUUUUCUUCUUUCUUUGUCUUUCAUGAUCUUCUUUUGCUUUAAAUCAUAAGUCUUCAUUGUUUUAAAUCCAAUUUACCUUCAAUUCCAUAAUAAUGUAUUUAGGAAUUCUUAACCAACUAAAGAUUACACUUUACUAAAAGAAAAAAUCCCUAAUACAAAGUAUUUAAUA